AUGACAUCUCUGACUCGAAGGGGUGGGAAUCUCACCCAGAGACACAAGGCUGGUGCAGAUGGCGGCGAUGAAGAGGAAAACUUUUCACCAGACGUCGAGGAAGUGGACGAGGAAUUCGACCAGGAUUCGUCGAAAGAGAAGAGAUUGACACUCAUGGAAGAAGUGUUGUUGCUUGGACUCAAAGAUAAAGAGGGGUACACAUCAUUCUGGAACGAUUGUAUAUCAUCCGGCCUGCGCGGCUGCAUGCUAAUAGAAUUGGGCCUGAAAGGUCGCAUUGAACUUGAAAAGACAGGCAUGAGGCGGAGAAGUCUAUUAAAUCGCAAGGUCCUGUGCAAAUCGGACACGCCCACUGGUGACGUGCUACUAGACGAGGCCUUGAAACUCAUCAAAGACACCAGUAACAUGGAGACGACGCAAGGCUGGAUCGAACUACUCAGCGGUGAAACUUGGAACCCUGCCAAGCUGCGCUUCCAGCUGCGCAACGUGCGGGAACGCCUGGCCAAGAACCUGGUAGAGAAGGGGGUCCUGACCACGGAGAAACAGAACUUCCUGCUGUUUGACAUGACGACGCACCCACUGACGGACACCACGGCCAAGCAGCGACUCAUCAAACGGGUGCAGGACGGCAUGCUGAGCCGCUGGCCCAACAACCCCCACCGCAUCGAGAAGCGCCUGCUGUCCCUCGUCUAUCUGGCCCACUCGUCCGACGUCCUGGAAAAUGCGUUUGCGCCACUCUCCGAUGAAGAUUACGAGUUGGCGAUGAAGCGAGUGCGUGAACUCCUAGACCUGGAUCCCGACGCCCAGAUAGGCAAGCCGGGCGUCAACGACGUAAUGUGGGCCGUUGUUGCAGCUUUCAUCAAAUGAUCUCCGUUAACGUAAGCCUACUUGUACUUAGAGUUUUUUUUUUUUUUCAUGAAGUGGGAGUAAAACUUGUCUUCUCUCAACUCUGCAUAGAAUAGUUUAUUGUUAAAAAAAAAAAGUUGGGAACCGAAUAAGUUGAUGAAGUGAAAAUGAUGCAACAAGAUUGUGGGUUUUUUGGUUUUGGUUGCAAAAUGAUCAUUUAUGCACAAGAUGCCUUGGUAGAUAUUACUGGAACUAUGAAUGUUGUUGCAUCGCUGUUUGAUAUGAUAGAAAUAUUAUUAUUAUUUUUUUUUUUGAAAACCUUUUAGUUGAACUAAAAAGUUUGUGAUUCAGUUGACAACACUUCCAAGAUUCGUAAAUUUAGCUCAAAAUAUUAUCCCCGAAAAAGGACCAAUGGACAAAAUUUCCCGAUUUGAAUUCUUCUAAUCCAGAGUUUCUAUUUUACUUAUUAAGUACAUGUACCUGAGGGCCUUUUAUUUCUUUUUGUAAAAAAUUAAAAUUACAUUCAUAAACAGGAACAGGUAACAUAAUCCGUGUAAAGUCAACUAUUAAAAUUCAACCAGAUACCAAAAUGGGUCUUGGC